AUGUUGAAAAUGUUCAUGGUCUUUGUGACCGAGAGGAUUUCACUUUGUGUGAUGGUGAAGUCUGGCAGCGUGGUGCCUCGUGACGGAGGCGUGGGGGUCGCCAGACUGCCCUCAACAUCCUCAGUCGUGAAGACUGUUGAAAAGUACUCGUUCAGGGUGUUCGCCAUGUCUGCUUCGCUUUCCAUCUACACGGACGAUAGUGACAACGAGGGGAAAUUAAGCAAUAUUUGUCGUCAAGUCCUCCGCCCCCCGGGCUCUGGGAAGGCGAAGAGGGGGCACCUGUGUUUUGAUGCUGCAUUUGAGACAGGGAACCUCGGGAGAGUCGAUUAUGUAGCAGAAUAUGACUAUGACUUGUACCUGAGGCCUGAUACCUCAAACCCCCGUCAUCGAAUGUGGUUUAACUUCACCGUGGACAACGCUAAGGCUGACCAGCGAGCGAUCUUCAAUUUGGUCAAUAUUCAUAAAAGGAGAAAUUUAUUUAGUUCCGGAAUGACGCCUCUUAUUCGCUCUACUUCAAGACCACGGUGGACACGGAUGGCGCCUAACCACGUGUACUACUACAGGAGUGACACGUAUAAAGGCCAUUUUAUUCUGAGUUUCGCUGUCUGUUUUGACCUUGAAACAGAUGUGUACCAGUUCGCCCUUACAUUUCCCUAUUCAUAUGCAAGAUUACAAGCCUUUUUGGACGUGAUGGGAGGGCGGGCGGAGCGGGGAGAGGGCGCCAGGUUCUGGAGGCACACCUUAGCUUACUCCGUGAGGACCUGGUGGGGGGUGGAGCCGGUAAAGGGGGGUAAGAGUGCCCCCCCCAAGGCCGCCCCCCAUCCCCCUCCUCCCACCUUCGCCGCGCCGCAAGAAGAAGAAGAGGAGCAGGAAGACAAGGAGGAAGGAGAGGAGGUGGUGCUGGAUGAGGAAGAGGAGCAAGAAGAAGAAGAGGAGGAGGAUGGUGGUGGUGGUGGUGGUGGUGGUGGUGGUGGUGGUAGUAGUAGUAGUAGUAUUAGUGCUGGUGAAACUACUACUACUACUACUACUGCUGGUUUGGGGGCCAGGAAGCAGAGGAUUGUGGUCAUUAUGGCGCGGGUUCAUGGAGGCGAAAGUCCUACGUCAUUCAUAGUGCAAGGUAUGCUGGAGGCCCUGACCGGUAGAGGAGUCGUUGCAAGCAAACUAAGACGUUACGUAACGUUCAUAAUUAUACCAAUGUUGAAUCCUGAUGGAGUUUACCUUGGAAAUUACAGGUCAUCCUUAAUGGGGUUUGACCUGAACAGGGCGUGGGGAGAUGCAACUAAAUGGGGUCAUCCGACUAUUUAUGCUGCGAGAGAACUAUUGCUUAUGCUUGACAAGGCGCCCUGGUGUGAACUAGAUUUAAUCCUGGACCUACACGCCCACACCUCUCUUCUUGGGACUUUUAUCUAUGGAAACUCCUAUGAUGACGUGUACAGACAUGAGCGCCAUAUUGUGUUUCCAAAGAUGCUGUCCCACGCCUGUGAAGAUUAUUGUCACUACAACACUAUUUACAACAGGGACCCGGCUAAGGCACAAACUGCAAGAAGGUGGCUGUGCUCUCAUCUGAAGGACAGCACUAAUGUAUACACCCUCUACACCUCUAUCUACGCCUACACCAACACUAAGGGAGCCAUAGUGCCUUACAGUGAAGCCUUGUACCUGCGCACGGGGCGGCGUGUGGUGCGCGGCGUGCUAGAAUAUUACCAGUUCCUAGGCCUGGUGCCCCACGCCCUGCCCCGCGCCCUGCCCCUGCACGACCUCCCCUCAGGCCAGGGCCCCGGCAGCCCCCCACUGCACGCCCGCGCCGCCCGCCACGCCGCCCACCACCACCACCACCACCACCAGCUAGCCACGGCACGCACGCAGCAGCAGCAGCAGCAGCAGCAGCGGGGAGGGGGGCGAGGGGGGAGCGCGGCCCCGCCACCCGCGAUGGUCCCCUCUGAGCCCCUCCCCCAGCGACAGCCCUAGUGAAGGGGAGGAGCAGGAGGAAGAGGAGGAAGAGGAAGAGGAGGAGGGCAGCACAGGGGGCGGGGAGGAGGGUGAGGGGGCGGGGGUGCCAGCAGCGGGGGGAGGGCACCAGCGAGGCCAGCGCCUUGACCGUCACCAUCCAGCGGCGGGGCGCGGCGCCCCCCAGCAUCCCCGCCCCCCAAUGGGCGGAGCCCGACCCCGCGAGGCGCCCCGCGAGGCGCCCCACGAGGCGCGGCGCCUGCCCCGUGCCACCCACGUGACGCUGUUUCCGGGGCCGGCGCCCCAGACGCUCCCCCCGCCCCGCCGCGGCCCCGCGCCACACGGGCCCCCCGCCCGCGGCCUGCCCGACCUUCCCCCCUCACCGCCUCGCUGCCCGCCCUACGCACGCCUCCCGCGCCGCGCCGCCGCCUGCGCCGCCGCGCACCACCGCCCUCACACGCCCACGCCCGCCUCGCCUUCCGCUACUACGACUUCCGCCGCCUCACGCGCCCGCGCCGCCGCCCCAGGGCACGCCGGGCCCACAGCCGCUCCCCCCGCCGCCGCCCACGCCCGCGCCAAAGAGCGCGAGCGCGCCCACGCCGCCCCGCACCAGCCCCAGCCCCGGAGCGCCCCCCGCCCCGCAGGCUGGCGGCGGGGGGCGGCUUCAACGCGGCGCGCAUGGCGGAGGGGGCCGCGGCGCGGUGCGGCAGGGUGCGGUGCCCCCCGCGGCCUACGCACCAUCCACGUGAACCACCUCACCAUCGGGGGGCACCGGGGCGCCGCGCCCCCCCCGGCCUGGCAGGCGGCGCCGCCCCGCCGCCCUGCCCCCUCCUCCCUUCCUAUGCUGCGUCGCUUUCUGGACCCCCGCGCCCCCCUCUUCUGACGCCCCCCACCCACCCACCAGCCCCUGCCCCCGAUCAGGCGGGGCGCGCCGGCGGGGAGGGUCUGGGGGCGGGGCAGGAAUGGAGGGGAAGGAGGCGCCCGCCCCUCACCAGGCUGUGAGGGGUGAAGGACACACUCUCUCUCUCUCUCUCUCCCUCAAAACUAUUUCCCUCCACCUAAAGUUUCCUCCAUUUUCCCUCUAUCCCUCUAUCCCUCCAUCCCUCCUCCACCUCCUCCUCCACCUCCUCCUCCACCAAGUCCAGGCACGUUCUUCCUCCCAUUUUCCAGCUUUCCUUUCUAAUUUUCCUCCUCCUCCUCCUCCUCCUUCUCUUCUUCUUCUUUCUUCUCCUCCUCUUCUUUCUCCUCCUCCUCUUCCUCUUCUUCCUUCUAAGCGAAGUCAAGCCAGAAUUUUUCUUCUCUCUCUCUCUCUCUCUCUCUCUCUCUCUCUCUCUC